AUUGACUUGUACAGAGUGUUAUAAGUUGACAGGAUGUCGAUGAUCACAGCGACCGCGUGGGUGCCUCGCGGCGCCGCCGCUGCUCACCCGCAAAAGUACCAGUUCGAUGAGGAGGAAUAUGAUCGCAUUGCCCAAAUUGCUCGACAUGAAUUAGCUGAUGCGAAAGACGACCUCCGAAAGGCCAAACAGUCUAUCAACACCUCAAAUGAGUUGAUCGACGACACGGACGGUGGCGUGCCGUUACCAACCUCAAAUGGCGCAACCGCCGACGGAACGUCUAGCGAUGACCCCGAGCUGGCCGAAUACGACAUGGAUCGAUAUGACGAAGACAUGGAUGGCGCUGUCGACUCCAACGCUGAGUCAAAGGCUAACAACAGCAUUUUCGGCAAUAUUCAAGGGCUUGCGUACUACGAAGACGCUUCCGAAGAUCCUUACCUAAUGUUACCAGAGCAAGGCGAUGCUUCAGAUGACGACGAGCGGGAGGAGCUUCAAAUCCUUCCUACUGACAAUCUCAUCUUGACAGCAAAAGUGGAAGACGAAGUGGCCUGCCUCGAGCUUCUCGUGAUGGAAGGCGAGCAGGAUCAUCUUUACGUGCACCAUGAUGUGAUGCUUCCUGCAGUGCCGUUGUGUGUUGAAUGGUUCGACUUUAGACCGAACAAAGCCUCGGAGACUGGCAAUUUUGCUGCAGUCGGAACCAUGGAAGCGGACAUUGAACUUUGGGAUCUAGACGUUGUAGACUCAAUGUUCCCUGCAGCGAUCCUUGGACAGAACUCGCAAGCCAUGCCGGAAGCGCCGUCAGAGCCCGCGACGAAGAAGAAGCGGAAGAAGAGCCAAAAGGUCAACGAUGCAUACCAUGUUGACUCUGUCCUCUCGCUCGCGGCGAACAGACAUCAUCGAAAUCUUCUCGCUUCGGCCUCUGCCGACAAGACCAUCAAGCUGUGGGAUCUAAACACAUGUACCGCGGCUCACUCCUACAGCCACCAUACGGACAAAGUCUGCGCUCUCUCUUGGCACCCAUCACAGUCGUCAGUGCUGCUGUCUGGGUCGUACGAUCGGACAAUAGUGGCAGCAGACAUGCGCGCCCCAAACGCCACCGUCCCGCGUUGGGGUGUCGAAAGUGAUGUCGAGCAAGUCCGGUGGGAUCCCCAUGAUGAGCACAUCUUCUACGUGAGUACCGAAAGUGGAAUGCUGCAUUGCUUCGACACGCGCCAACUACCUUCGAGCCCGGAACGAAGCAAGGCGAAAUGGCGCCUGCAAGCACACCAAAAGAGUCUAUCUUGUUUCUCCAUCAAUCCGGUCGUGCCAGGCUUCAUCGCAACAGCAUCUACAGAUCGGACCGUCAAGCUUUGGGAUGUGUCAGCCGUCACAGCAGCACCAUCGAUGGUGGUCAGUCGAGAUUUGGGCGUGGGAAAGGUGUUCUCUGCCAACUUCGCGCCGGACGAGGCGGUGGCGUUUCGGUUAGCUGUGGCUGGCAGCAAAGGCGCUGUGCAAGUGUGGGAUACGAGCACCAACCGCGCUGUGAGGGAAGCUUUUGCGACCAAAGUCAGGAUGGCUGGAAGCGAUGUCCCCGAAGAGCGACUGAUUGGCCUUGAGCGGGAUGAUGAAAUGGAGGAAGAGGAGGAGGAAGCGGCUGAAGACGGCGGUGAAGGCGGCUGGGAAAGCAUGAAUGAAGACUGAAU